CGAAAGACGUCAACUUUAAUAUAAUUGCAGAACGGCAUCGUUCUCGCACUUGCCCUUUCGUCAAAAGGCUCAUCCUAUUUUUCCUUCCUUCCCAAUUCGACAGAAUUUUCUCAGAUAAAGGAAAAAGGGUGAGCUCAAACAGAGACAACGAGAGAGAGAACGAGGAUGAUGACAUACGCAGCCUCAGCUUCAAGGCCACUGUGUCCUAUUAAUGGUGCUUCACAAACCCAAGUACCGAUUUCAACCAUUGUGAAGAGCAGUAGUCUUAAUAGCAGUAGCACUAGUAUUAGUUGUCGUAGAAGGAGCAAAGGCGUGUGUGUAAUUAAGGCCUUAAAAAGCUCGUCGCCCACAAGACAGACCUUGUCGAGCAAUUGGGAUUUUCAGACAGCAACUACGUCAUCUCCACGGCUGCCCAGAUUCGAAGAGCUGGAUACUACCAAUAUGCUUCUCCGUCAGAGAAUCAUCUUUCUGGGUUCUCAGGUAGAUGACAUGACAGCAGAUUUGAUUAUAAGCCAGCUUCUAUUUCUAGAUGCUGAGGACCCAAAAAAGGACAUUAAAAUGUUUAUCAAUUCACCUGGUGGUUCUGUUACCGCUGGAAUGGGAAUAUAUGAUGCAAUGAAAUUGUGCAAGGCAGAUGUUUCAACAGUUUGUCUGGGGCUUGCUGCUUCUAUGGGGGCAUUUCUCCUUGCUGCUGGUACAAAAGGAAAAAGAUUCUGCAUGCCCAAUGCAAGAGUGAUGAUCCAUCAACCUCUUGGAACUGCAGGGGGCAAAGCAACAGACAUGGGUAUACGAAUUAGAGAAAUGGUGUACCACAAGAUUAAAUUGAACAAAAUAUUUUCAAGAAUCACAGGGAAGCCUUUGGAGCAGAUUGAAGAGGACACGGACCGUGAUAAUUUCAUGAAUCCUUGGGAAGCCAAGGACUAUGGGUUGAUUGAUGUAGUUAUUGAUGAUGGAAAGCCAGGCUUAGUUGCCCCAAUUGGAGAUUCCAUAACUCCGCCCAGAACACGAGUUUGGGAUCAGUGGAAAGUUGAAGGGACCAGGAAAGCCAGAAAGAAUUUGCCCUCAGAGCAAAGGAUUUCGGAUAAUGGAUAUAAAGAGACUGAAGGAAGUGACAAUGAGAAAGGAGCCGAGAGGGAAAAGGAAGAACCUGCCGCUAUAUGAUGCAUGAUAGUGGACAUGUCUUAUGCGUUUUACAUCUGGUUUAUUUUGAUUAUGUUGUAAUGUUCACCUCUCAUAGUAAUCUUGUUAUGUAAAUUGUUUGUCCAGAUAGUGAAAGUAGAUUAUUAAACAUUCGUUAGGUGAUUGAAACAUUUCUCAUUGCACCUGUUGGAAAGGGCACAUUUAGAUGUUCCACAGACUUUGCUUCUU